GCGGAUCUGUUUUAUUUGAGAAACUAAAAAAAAGCUUAAAAUCACAAAGAAAGAAAGUAUAUUUGCAUAUACGAGUUUUUUAUAACUUUGACAUAAUAUAGUAAGUGAGAGAAAACAUGUAGAAAGCAUGCCCAAAUCGAUAUCUGGAAAAAUAUUGCUGAUCUAUAUACAUUAUAUAUGAAAGUAUACCCUUUUUUCUUUCUACUGAGUCUUGUUGCUAUGUCUUAAUGUCAUUCAUAAAUGUCUAAGAAUCUGCCGCUUCAUAAGAACUGUAAAAAGGAAAAAUUAAAUAGGAAAAGAUUUUUUCCCAUGAUAAGCAUGAACUACAUUCAGUGGAAAAAAGGUAGGUGUAAAAAUUUAUUUUCCACGAUGUCACAUCCGUUCUACAUUACUCUCUACGCCUGAAUUCUUAUCUAUAUGACUACUGUUCUAUAUGUGCUCAUACAUAAUAAAGAAUUUCCAAGCAUAAUUAAUGAGGUGAUGUUGCGUAAAGUUUUUGUGGAAUGCUUAGUGGUUGUCUUAUAUAGUGAUAUUGAUUAUUACUGUUAUCUUAUAUAUUUAUCGAUUUUUUAUUUGAGUACUUCUUGUAAUGAAGAAAAAGUAGUAUUUAUUCAAAGAAUUUUUCAAACAUAAGAAUGCUAUAUAAAAUUCGGCCUCAUAUGUGUAACCAAAUAUUCUAUCAUUAUUAUCAAUUUAGUUAUUUUCCGCGCCUGCCCAUUAGAUGAUAAUAAAUUCAA